AUGUGCACCGGCAUAGCCCACAACCUCAAGUGCCGCGCCUGCGGCACCACCAUCAUGAAGCUCCGCGACGCGACGCCGGGCUACACGUGCCGCGAGGCGCGCGCCAAGGGCCGUCGUGGGGUGUGCCGUAAAGGCGUCGAGUACGCCUUCUACGAUAGGAUAUCCGACGAGUUGUGUCUGAUGUGCGAGCUGUUUUCGGGCGACGGCAACGAGAUGCCGUGUAGUGUGGAGGCUUGUGAUGAGGCCUGCGGGGUUUGGGAGGAGGAUGUUGUUGAGGAUGAGGAUGGGGAGGAGGGGGGCGCUUUGUUGCUGCAGGAUAACGGGAAAGACGCGGACAAGGAGAUCAUUAAGAUCGAGCUUGAGGUCGAGGGGGUUGGUGAGCUGGAGGCUGAGGAGAGCCACAGAGACAGUGACGUCGAAGACGAAAGUGAAGACGAGGAGAGCGGCGGUUUCUUCAACUUCGACGACGAAAGUGAAGACGAGGGUUACGAGGGUGAAGACGAAGGCGAAGGUGGGGACGACCCCAAGGGAUUCCGGUAUAAAGGUGUCAAGCUGUGUUCAGUGCAAUAG